UUCGGCUGCAGGCCUUCAUCACCGAGGGUUCCCUUAAUUUUGAGUCAAGAUGGAAGCUUGCAAUAUGAAGGUUUGCAUAUGCAUCUUCGGCAUGCUGGUGGCCUCAGUCAGAUGUGGAUCUAUAUUUGCUGCUAGUAGCUUUAAGAGCGGCAUCGACUUUGAUCAUGGAUUCGGCCAUUAUAUAAGCCACGACGGCAUAAAAACAGUAACCACAUCCUACAAAAGUCUCGGUGACUAUGGCUCUCUUGGUGUUCAUAAGGAGCAUGGUGCCGUUUUUAGCAGUGGUAAGCCCAUUGUUGAAGUAACCGAUGAUCAAAUCGACGAAGUGGGUCAUGGGAGUCAAGUUGGCUUCCGCGAAGUGCAAGGCGUUAAUUACAUCAGUGGCAGUGGAGGUAUCACUGGGCAUAGCGGCCUAAGUGAUAAUAAUCCUGUUUAUAGCAGUGGAUACGCAGGGCCAAGUGAAGGACACGAUAUUCAAACAAUUAAAGUAAUUCAUCUUGACGGCACUCACGGAGGCCACGAAGCACACUAUGGCAGCUUGAAUGAAUUCGGUGGACGCCAUGAACUUAGUGGUGGCCUUCAUCAUUUUGGAACAUAUGAUGCGCACAAAGGCUUUGACGGUACUGGCGGCAAACAAAAUUUGAAAGUAAUCAAAGUAAUUCAUACCGGAGAUGGCAACAUCCCCUUUAAGGGUUAUAACGGUUUCGCUUCUGGCGGCGGAUCUGUCGCAAAGCACGCAGGUUUCGAUGGCUAUGAUGAAACAUUUUCAGGAUUUGGCAGUAAUGGAGGUCCAGAAGCUAUAAAGACUAUAAAAGUUAUUCACACCGCGGACAGUAGUCAAAUUAGUGAGCACAGCCCAAAAUGGGUGUGAGCGACUUGAGAUUUUUGCCCUUUGAGUGUGAAAUUAAAAAAAAGUUCGUGCACCGC